AUGAUGAUCUAUCGCAGGAUCCCCCAGAGCAAGAAGCAAGCAAGAGCCCCCGGGGGCCUGUUCCUCUUGGGGCGGAAUCCUCGCUCUUCCCCUGAAUCCACCCGGCACCUAUCCUUGCAAAGCCCACUGCCUAUUGGCAAUUACAGUCAGCGGAGCACAGGGCCUGUGGAUGUGGCAGCAACAGUGGCUGGUGGUCAGGGCCGCGAAGGUACAGAUGUGCCACCUCCACAUUACAGUACCAGCAACGACUUGAAAUUCUCCUAUUCUGAGAUCAACUUCCAGGACCUGAGCUGGUCCUUCCGAAAUCUCUAUAAAUCCAUGCUUGAGAAAUCCUCCUCAUCCCAGCAUGAUUUCUCUUCCCUCCUGGGUGACAUGCGGGCCUCCAACCACAAUUACUAUAUGUACCACCAGCAGCAGAUGCCCUCCUCG